AGCGAAAUUUUUCUGUAAAGAAUAAAGAAAAAAUUUGAUUUAAUUUUUCCUCGAACAAAAUUCAAAAGUUGUCAAAAUGACUUUAACGAAAACAGUAGACCAAAUGACUGUUCUUACUGGCGACCGGUCCAAAUUAAAAGAUUUGCUAUGUAAUCGUCUGGCAGAAUGCGGUUGGCGCGAUGAGGUACGUUUAAUGUGCCGCAAUAUUAUUAAGGAGAAAGGCGUUAAUGUAAAAUUGGAUCAAUUAAUAGCGGAAGUGACACCGAAAGCAAGAAGCGUUGUACCCGAUGCCGUUAAGAAAGAACUUUUAAUGAAAAUUAAAGCCAUUUUAGCUGCACAAGAAGGUCUUGAUUUGUAGCCCUUUAAAAUAAGUAAACAAUUUAUUUUGAAUUUCCUUAAAAUGGUUUAUAUUUAUUCUUUUGUAGUUUGAUUAAUAA